UUUAAGGUAAGUUGUCUUGGAGAGAUCAUCCAUAUCGAAUCUCUGAUCGAUAUGGAUUUGAAUGAAAACAGGAGUUAUGAUUCUGACCAGACUACAUACUACUCCGCUGACUCCGGCAUGAGUGAUCAUGAGAUAGGGUCUGACAUGGGAUUUGAGGAUCAUGAAGCUUACGAGGUAGGUUCUGACAUGAGUAUUACUGAUGGGGAUGGUGAGAUAGAGCACUCUGAGCCCAGUUAUGGCGGCCAUGAAUAUGAUGAUUUUGUUGGCACGACACCGUUUUGGCAUAGGUAUCAUUGUUAUCCUGCAUCUAAAACUGAAAAGCAUGCAUACACUGAGAGUAGUGAUAAAAUCAUAAUGCCUCCCUCAGCCCUCGACGUCCUUGCUUCUCUAAACAUUGAUUAUCCAAUGUUGUUCGAGUUCCGGCCAUAUUCUUUUGAUGCUGCCGAGAAUAAUGAGACUGAGAAAUUUCGUGUCUCUCAUUGUGGGGUUUGGGAGUUCACUGCAGAAGAAGGCUUUGUCUACAUGCCUAAUUGGAUGAUGGAAAAUAUGAACUUGAAAGAGGGAGACCUUGUGCUGUUUCAAAACCAGACUCUUCCGAAAGGCAGUCAUGUCAAAUUGCAGCCUCAUACAAAGGACUUCUUGGACAUCCCUGACCCAAAAGCUAUGUUGGAGGCGGCUCUCGGGACGUUUUCUUGUUUAACAACUGGGGAUACUAUUGUGCUACCUUAUGAGAACAAGAAGUAUUAUAUGGAUAUCAUUGAAACAAAGCCUUCUGAUGCCAUAGGCAUUAUCGACACAGACUGUGAGGUUGACUUUGCACCUCCUCUUGACUAUAAGGAACCUGAGAAACCUGUUGCUUCAUCAAUUCCUCUGAACAAGGAAGCAGAUGGCCAAGUUGACAUACCUAAAUUCAGCCCUUUUAAGGGAACUGGGAGGCGUUUGGAUGGCAAGGCUUUGCAGUAUGAGUCAGCAUUAGAUUCUUCCUCAUUUGUUGCCGCGAAUGGUAAUCCACAACCUUGUACAGAAUCUAGUUCACGAGCUACUAGACGCCGGGCUCAGGGGAAGCUUGUUUUUGGCGCAGAUACUGCUCCAAAGGUAGCCUCAAAAGAGGUCAAACAACAGCAGCAGCUCCAAGAGAAAGAAGAGCCAAAGUUCCUGGCUUUUACUGGGAAAAUGUACUCCCUAACUUGAAUUUUUUUUAUGUAAAUCAUGAAAUUUUAUUUGUUUCAAGUUUUAGCCAUUCAUAUCAAGUAUCAUUGGUUUUCUAUCGACUUUGUUCUUCUCUGU